GUGUGCUCAAAGACUUCACAAGCAAGACGAGAACUAUCGGAGUCCGUGCGACCGACAGCAACACAUCUUCCAACAACAUCUCUCUCUUCAUCUAUCUUUUGGUCAUCAUAUACAUCAUAUAUUCACUCCCUUGUGAAUUCACUUCUGCUAUAGCUUCCAAGACUGACGAGAGUUCAGCACGAGGCACGAGGGGAACAAGGCGUCGGUGGCGAUGGCCUCGUGGUUCAGUUGGAGCAGCGAGCCGGACUACCGGAGUCCGCGGCGGGACCCGUCUGACGUGGUCAUGGACACCCUGAUGCUGGAGCUCAAUUGGCAGCUGAAGGAGGCCGAGAGGAUGCAGCGUGAGAGGGACAGCGAGUACCGGCGCCUCCAGACUGGUGUGGACUACAGCUGGCUGGUCAACACGCCACGCAACACCUAUGACGUGUCACCUGGUGAGAAGCUGGGCCUGGAGGACCUGUGCUCCAAGGUGCAUCCAUCCUACUGCGGAGCUGUCAUACUGAGGUUCCGCCAGUUGGUGACUGAGAACGAGCCGGAGGUGCAGGAGGUACCUGCCCUUUUCCGCACAGUCGUCCUCGAGGCCUUGGACCGCAUGAGGGAGGAGCAGGAGGCGCAGCGGCUCUCGCGCCAGUGGAACAACAAACGGGCCAUGAGCAUGUCUCUCAUGAACUUCAAAUCACGUGUCAAGAUCAACCCCUUUGGCAGCACCUUGGGCCUGACCUCGACUGGAGGGGGAGGGGAUGGUGUGUGCGAGCUGAAGACAGUGUCAGAAGACGUGGAGAAGGCGCUGGAGGAAAGGGCUGACAGGUCCCAGAGGGUGUGGAGCAUGCCCAAUUUCAGACAUAAAGGGCUGUACACUACCAAGGCCGUCUGAGCUGGGAAUCCACAGGACAGUGUUGUGGUUCAGUGGAGGAUAGAGCAACGCUAGUGAGAGGUAGCCUAUAAUAAACCCAUGGAACCUGCCCAGUCUGCUUUGAACAAGAAUGGGGAGAAAUAGGAGACAUGUCUCUCCCAUCCUCUCCUUCGGCAGUGUGGGGUCAUCCACUAUUGAAAGCUUUUGACUUAUGAAUUUGAUAUGGGGAGCUAUGCUAAGGAUUUUUCACAAUGUUUUGAGAUUUUCAGACACAUUCUUUGCUGUACCUUUAUUGUAGAUUAGAUAGUUUAAGAGAAUUGUGUUGCAUGCACUUACUUUUACUGUGCUUUUUUUUCUUUAUAACAACAUAAUACUCCGGAGCUACAUGUAUUUAAAUUGUAGUUAACCAAUGAGGCUUACACAUGAAACAAUCAACAAGUUCUGUUUUUUUCUCAAGCAUUUUUUUGGCACUGUAAAGGGAAGUGCUGCUUAUCAUGGCUUUUUAGAGACCUUUUUAUAACUUGAAAAAUCAACAGUAAACUGACUGCUCUAUUGGAGUGGUUACCAUGACAUUGUAGAUUAUAUCAAUCUUCGUUCUAACUCUUUACAGUUGGAAUACAGUGCAUCUUGAUCUC